CGGAUGUAUACGACGAGUGCUGUUAAAGUGAAUGGGGGUCUUCCGGGAAUGUGAAAGAAAGUGUUUGUAAAAUUUAUAGAAUGAAAAAGAAUCAAAACAAAAUGCAUCUAUUUUACACUUUACUUGUGUUAGGAGUAGGCUCUGUAGCAGCCCAGAAUUCGGGUGGGUCUCGUGUACCUUGCUAUGAUAGACAAGGAAAUGCACAAAGGUGUCAACCGCCUUUUCAAAAUGCUGCGUUUGGCAAAAAUAUUGAGGCCACCAAUACUUGUGGCAUAACCAAACCAACAGAAUACUGCAUGCAGACUGGUACCGGCGCCGAUGUAAGCGCUGUUAAAAAAUACUGUUAUGUGUGUGAUAAUUCACAUCCACAAAGAAAGCACCCAACAUCUUACUUGUCGGAUUUUAAUAGCUUAGAAACUGUGACUUGGUGGCAAAGUGAAACUAUGUUGGAAGGAAUGCAGUAUCCAACAGUUGUAAACCUGACGCUUAAUCUCAAAAAAGCCUUUGACAUAACUUAUGUCAAUUUGAAGUUCCACUCACCGAGGCCGGAAAGCUUUGCUAUUUAUAAGCGUACAACUGAGGAUGGGCCGUGGAUACCAUACCAGUUCUACAGUGCUACAUGUGAAGACACAUUCCAGCUGCCCCGUAGGGGUAUCAUUACCAAGGCCACAGAGGACCAAGCUGUCUGCAGCAAUGAGUUCAGUGAUAUCAGUCCACUGUAUGGAGGCACUGUGGCUUUUAGUACACUUGAAGGCAGACCUAGUAUGUUUGAGUUUAGCAACAGUACCAAGUUGCAGGAAUGGGUAACAGCUACAGACAUCAGGAUAGUGCUGACUCGAAUGAACACAUUUGGUGAUGAAGUGUUUGGUGAUGCUCAGGUGCUCAAGUCAUACUUCUAUGCUAUUUCUGAUUUUGCUGUUGGUGCCAGGUGUAAGUGUAAUGGCCAUGCUAGUGAGUGUGCUUUAGUGAAGGGACAAGACCUACAGGACAGGCUGAUGUGCGUGUGUGAGCACAAUACUACAGGAGCUGAUUGUGAGAAGUGCCUUCCCUUCUAUAAUGACCGCCCAUGGGGGAGAGCAACUGAAUUCAAUGUUAAUGAAUGCAAGGCCUGUGACUGCAAUGGCCUGUCAGACACCUGUGAGUUUGACCCUGACCUGUUCCGUACCACUGGACACGGUGGCAGGUGUACCAACUGCAGGGACUACACUGAUGGUGUCCACUGUGAGCUGUGUAAAGAAAACUACUACAGGCAUGAGGGGGAGUGUCUGGCUUGUUCCUGCCACCCCAUAGGUUCCAGAUCACUACAGUGUGACAACAGUGGACAGUGUCUGUGUAAGCCAGGUGUAGGAGGACAAAGGUGUGAUCGCUGUCUGCCCAACUUCUAUGACUACAGCGACAAUGGAUGCCAACCUUGUGACUGUUUGGUUGCUGGGAGCCUGGACAACAUACCUAGGUGCAACCCCACAACUGGCCUGUGUAGCUGUAAGGAGAAUGUUGAUGGCAGGCAGUGUGACAAGUGCAAGCCAGGUUACUUUGGUCUGAGUGAGAAGGACCGUUUUGGUUGUAUUUCCUGCUUUUGUUAUGGCCAUUCCUCUGAGUGUACUAGUGCUGAGGGCUAUGUUGCCUCCAAUAUUACCUCCAACUAUGACAGAGGUGCUGAACGCUGGACAGCUAUUACAAGAAGCUAUAAAGAGGUGGAGCUGCAGUACAACAACAUAGCCCAGAAUGUUGGUGUCUCAUCCAACACAUCUGAAGCUGUUUACUUCUCUGCUCCAGCCCGCUACCUAGGGGACCAACGCUACAGCUACAACCAAUACCUUUCAUUUGAUUUCCGCAUUGGUGAUGCCAGACCCAAGCCAUCUGUUGUGGAUAUCAUAUUAGAGGGUUCUGGGCAGUCAGCAUCAACACACAUAUCAACACACAUCUAUGCCCAGUCUAACCCAGUUCCAGAUGUUGUAGCCAAAACAUAUGCCUUCAGGAUACAUGAGAACAGCGUGUAUCAGUGGAACCCCAGGCAGAACGCCCUGGACCUUAUCAAUCUGCUGUCCAAUCUGACUGCCAUCAAGAUCCGUGCCACUUACUCUGAUAAAGGUGUUGGUUUUAUUGAUAACAUCCGACUGGGCACAGCAAGGCCGGGGUACCAGCCUGAGGAUGCUGCCACAUGGGUGGAGUCCUGCAGCUGUCCCAGAGGCUAUGUGGGGCAGCAUUGUGAGUCUUGUAUUCAGGGGUUCAAGAGAAGCCCUCCUUUUGGUGGACCCUUCUCUAAGUGUGUGGCGUGUGAGUGUAACCAGCACUCUGACAGUUGUGACAUUAACUCAGGCCGCUGUAUUUGUGGAGACAACACUGAAGGAGAUUUCUGUGAGAACUGUGUGCGUGGUUACUACGGUGAUGCCACCAAAGGUACACCUGAAGACUGCAUAGCUUGUCCAUGUCCAAAUGGUGGGCCCUGUAUUCAGUUACCUGAAGGAGACAUUGUGUGCACAGAGUGUGAAGAAGGUUAUGGAGGCAACUUGUGUGAUAUAUGUUUGGAUGGUUACUAUGGCGACCCAAUGGGCAGAGCCACAGGAAGAGUCAGUGAAUGUAAAAAGUGUACCUGCAAUGGUAACAUUGACCCUAACGCUGUAGGAAAUUGUAACAGUACCACAGGCGAGUGUCUGAAGUGUAUCCGCAACACUGGUGGCUUCUACUGUGAUCAGUGCCUGCCCAACUUCUUCAACAACACCAAUGGCCAGUGUACACCAUGCAACUGCUAUGUCAGUGGCACGGUCAGCCAGCCUGGCACCAGUGGCUGUGAUCAGAAAUCUGGACAGUGUUUGUGCUUGCCUAAUGUCAUAGGGAGGAGAUGUGAAGAGUGUGAGAUUGGCUAUUGGGAUAUCACCAGUGGCAAUGGCUGCUCACCUUGCCAGUGUGAUGUGAUUGGUUCCCUCAACUUUACCUGUGAUUUGACCACUGGUCAGUGCCAGUGUAAUAAAGGCAUCACAGGGCAGAAAUGUGAUGUCUGUCAAGAAAAUUACUUUGGAUUUUCUUCUCUAGGCUGCACAGCCUGCAACUGUGACCCUGUGGGAUCCACCAGUCAACAGUGUGAUGCCUAUGGCUUCUGUCCAUGUAAAGACAAUGUGGAUGGUAGACACUGUGACAGGUGUAUGGAAAACAAGUACGACAUCUCUGCUGGAUGUCUAGAUUGCCCUCAGUGCUAUAACCUAGUCCAGGACGAGGUCAACAGACACCGUGGCAAGCUGCGUGACCUGGCUAUCCUCAUCAACAAGACCACUAACAACCCGAGUUUGUUCAAUGACUCUCAGUUUGUAGCCUAUCUGACCAGUGUCAAUUCUUCUAUUAAUGUUCUGCUCAGAGAUGCCAGAAGUACCUCCACUGGGGAUGGCAGUGUCAACAAACAGCUGGAGAACCUCGGCAAAAGCCUGAGAGAUGCCUUGGACAAGUGCGCUAUUAUUGCGGCAAACAUUGCAAAUAUGAACAAAGCUGUGGAGACCAGCCAGGAUGAUAUUAAAGCUGCUGAGAGGGCCCUGAACAAUGCAGAAAAUGCUCUCAAGAUGUCUGAGGACUAUAUAGAUCUAGAGGGUAGAGCUGCCCUCAAGCAAGCUCUAGAGGCUUUGAACAAGUUUGGACAGAACAAUCAGCAGAUGACAGAAAUAGCUUUAAAUGCCACCAAUGAAGCUAAAAGGCAAACAGAAGAGGCUAAGAGAAUUGAAGACUUGGCAAAGAUUGCUUUAGACACUUCAAGAGAAGCCUAUAGACUGGCCAAUGAAACUCUGAGUAUGCCUUUAAAAACAUCACAAGAAAUAGAUAAUCUUAAGAGAGAGUAUGAUGAUGCAAGCCUCUUAUACCAAAACACCAAAGCAACAGCUAAUAGAACAUACAAUGCAGCAUUAUUAGCCAAAGAUGAAGCCUUGAACCUUUUCCAGCUAGCCAAUGACCAGUUACCCAGUCUGGAUGUGGAUAUGUUGAAGAAAGAGGCCCAGAGAAUCAAAGAUGAGUCUUUAGACAUAAAAGAAAAAGCUAAGGGUUUAGUGAAGCAGAAUGAAGAACUUUUAAGUUCCAUUCAAAAGCAAAGGGAAGAAGGAGAGCAGCUUCUAAAGGAUGGUGAAACAUAUCGUAUGGAAAUCGACAGUUAUUUAGCUGAAGUUCACACUGCCAGGCAUGAGGCAAGGGAAGCUGUUGCAUCAGCUGAGAAGACCCUGAAGGAGGCCAACGCUACACUGGAGACCCUCCAAAAGUUUGACAGCCUGAUAGCAAACAAGGAGGCAGCCGAACAAGCCAUGGCCAAUGUGUCUGACAUUCUCAAGUUGAUAGAGGAGGCCAAGGCCAUCACAAAGGAGGCCAGGGAUGCCCUGCAGAAGGUCCACGCUGAUGCCAUCAGGGCUCUGGAGAUAGCCAAGGAUGCUGAGAGGAAGGCUGGGGAGGCUUCAACUGAAGCUGGUCGUAUCCGCGAUGAAGCUGGUGAUACUCGCAGUAAGUCCAGCAACUUGAGGAACGAGGCAGAAAUGUUGUCCGACAAAGUGACCAAUGCUAAAAAAGAUGUGGAGAACUACGAAGGCCAAAUUGGGGAGGAUGAACGUCUAGCCAAUAAAGCAUUACUUGAUGCAGCAAAAGUGAAGCAGAGAGCAGAAGAUGCCUACAGACAGGUGGAUGAAGCUCACAGACUUAUCAUGUCCAUCAACACAGAACUGGACGUGGACUCAGUGGACAUGAGCCGUCUCAAGGCACUGGAAGCUCAGUUAAACCUGAUUGAGGGUCUGCUAGAUGAGCCUGGGAUUGAAGCCAAGAUGCAGGAGCUUCAGACAAAGAACUCCCAGAUUGAGGACCAAGUGGCCAAGUUUGAGUUUGACAUGACGGAACUCCGGGCCGCAGUGGCCAACAUAGCUGAAAUAGCAGGCUCCUUACCUAACGGCUGCUACAAGUCUAUACCCAUAGAGCUCAAUAGUAAUGUAGGCUAGAGCAAAGAACCUACAGGAGCAUUAGACUCUGAUUAAAUGGCAAAAUAUCUUGUUGCAAGAUUUAAAUUUUUUUGAAUAUAUAAGCUCAAGUCGGUAUUUUUGUUUGUAGAAAAGUUUUUUUUUUUUAAGUAAAAGUUUUUGAAGACCAAUGAUCAUCUUGCAACAGACAUGAAGAUCUGAUGAAUGUGUUCAUCUUAAAUUUCUGGUUUCAUUUAUUUUAAAUUGUAUUUGAAAAAACAAUUUUGGAUAUCAUGAAGAAACAUUUCUUUUAAAUAGGUUAAUUUAUAUUAUACUUAAAUAUGUUAAUUUAUCCCAUAAUAGUUUAUUAAUAUCAGUUAUUUAAAUUACAUUUUUUUUCUUGUCACUUUUAUAUGGAUCAAAAUUUUUAAAAUAACCUGUUUAUUGUAAAACUGGCAUAAUCUUCCAAUAAGUCUAAAACUUCAUAUCUUGGUAAAUAAUAACUAGUUGUGGUAAGGUUUUGUAACAUAUGUAACAAAUUGUAAAGGGUAGUUAGUCCAUCAAAAAGUUUGCUCAUAUAAUUUAACUUUUGUACAUAAGUACUCUAGUGCUGCACAAAUGAAAUGGUAGCCUUGAGAGCACAUCUUAUCUAGGCAUAUUGUUGUUUAUUGGGCAAGUUCUUCAUUUGUGUGCACACUCAAUCUGGGCACUAAGACCUGGCCAGUUUUUUAUGUAUUUGUACAUCAAAUCUGGAUACACUGAUAUUUUAUUGGCCAAUUCUUCAUUUGUGUGCUAAAUCUGGAAACUUUAAAAUAAAUUUUGCCAGUUUUAAUGUGUAUGUACAUCCAACCUCAACACAUUGAUAUUUAUUUGGCCAGUGUUUUUUUUUUCAUUUAUGUUGUGGUUGUAUGCCUCAUGUUUGCAUCAAUUCCAAGUUGUUUUUUUUUUAAAGAACUAGUAUAAUAAUUGUAUGUGCUACUUUUGAUGUAAGUGUAGUAGUACUACAUGUAAACUGUGUAGCUUCUCCCUGUAUAUUGUAUGUAUCCUCAUCUAGCAAAGUGUGGCAGCACAACACCAGCCCAUGUGUUACGUGUAUACAAGCAUCGCAUGUUAACAAGUGUAGUGAUAUCUAACCAUGUUUCCCUCCAUGUGCGAAUGUGACCAGGUUCUGAAAUCCAGUGGUGGUGUACAAAGUUGGAUGCAAGCUCUCUCACCUAAUCAGCAUUCUUUUCAUUACUUAGCUUUAAUGACAGCUUGGGUUUUUUAUUAUAGGAACAUUGAUAUCGACCUUAAUCAAGGUUAUUAAAUAGUCGAUUAAAAAUAGUCUUAAAAUAUAUUUAAAAUUUGUGCCAUCUAAAAAUAGACAAUUGCAGUGUGUUCAGUAUAGCAGUUGAUCAAAAUGAAUAUAUAUUGAGUGUUGUAUAAUUUUAGCUUUGGAUUUAGGGCAAGUAGAAAUUUAAAAAAAAGUUUCUAUCAGUCUUGCUAAUAUCCCUGUAAAUCUAGUCAUGACUAAAAUAUUUAAUUCUAUAAAUAACACAUCAGAUUCUAAUAUAUUCAAGCAUGGAUUGUGAUAGUUAGCACACCAGCAGGCAUAUUGUACCUAUAACUACUUGCUUUAAAGAAGUUGUCAAACAGAAAUAACUUGAGUGAGAGUGGUGUGGGUGAUGUGUGACAGUUAACAUUAAUCAUAAUACAAUUGUAUUCACUUUUCUUAUACUUUUUGUAAACCAUUUUUUUAUAAAACAUAUAUAAUGUGCAUGCUUCGUAUAUGAAUAAAAAGUAAAUAACUCGUUUAGUA